AUGUCGCUGGACGCGUUGGGCGCGCACGCGUCGGGCGGGAACGCGUCGGGCGGGAACGCGUCGGGCGCGCACGCGGGCGGCGGGAACGCGACGGCGCCGCUGUGGGAGGUGGCGCCCAUGGUGCUGGACGUGUUCUACCGGCCCGACGUGCCGCUCAUCGUGCUGUACGUGCUCGUGCUCACCGCCUCGCUGCUCGCCAACACGCUGCUCAUCUUCAUCGUCAUCAAGUUUCAGUACAUGCGCAGCGUGACGAACAUCUUCCUGGUGAACCUGUCGGUGGCGGACCUGCUGGUGACGCUGUUCUGCAUGCCCGUGCAGAUCUCCAAGUCGGUGACGCUGCUCUGGUACUUCGGCGAGGUCAUGUGCAAGACGGUCAACUUUCUGCAAGGCGUGGCGGUGUCGUCGAGCGUGUUCACGAUAACGGCGAUGUCGGUGGACCGGUACCUGGCCAUCACGCAAUCGCUGCGCGCGCCGUGGCUGCCGUCGCGGCGCGGCGCCGUGGCGCUGCUGGCGGCGCUGUGGCUCGUGGCGCUGGCCGUGUUCGCGCCGCUGCUGGCCGUCGCCGCCGUGCAGCGCGAGCGCGUGCCCGUGCUGCUCGCCACGCCCAACGGCUCGGUGUGGGAGGAGAGGAGUGUGGAGUUUUGUACGGAGAAGUGGCCCGACUCUAUUAGGAAGGAGUUAUACGGGACCUUCAGCUUCAUUAUCGUGUAUGCGAUACCAGGGUGCGUGGUGGUGGUGUCGUACGCGCUGAUGGGGCGGCGGCUCUGCUCCGUGCUGCCGCCCUGCGACCUCGCCGACGGCGGCGCCGCCUCGCACCAGCGGCUGCGGCUGGUGCGCGAGCGCAAGCGCGUGGCGCUGGUGCUGCUGCUGCUGGCGGUGCUGUUCGCGCUGUGCUGGCUGCCGUACCACAUCCUGCAGCUGCUGCUGGACGUGGCGGCCGUGCGCCCCGACCGCGCCGCGCCCUUCCUGCCCUACGCGCUGCUCGCCGGUCACGCGAACUCGGCCAUCAACCCGCUGGUGUACUGCCUGCUGACGCGCAACUUCCGCCGCUCGCUGCGCAAGCUGCUCUGCGCCGACGGUAACGCUCACUCUACUACUCACUUCCACGGCGUGCAUCGCGCGUGUAACACGUGCAGCGCGCGCACGACGCUGACGGGCCGCUCGCGCUCGUGCCGCUCCACGCGCUCCAGCCGCUCCACACGCGCGCGCCAGCCCGACUUCCUCUAA